CUUGCUUUGGCCCUUGUUAUUUCUUUUAUUCACAAAACUGACAUUCGUGGCUUUCUUUCUUCAGAUAACGGCGACGUCCCUCCCUGCCUUAAUUCAGUUGGAGAAGAAUGUUGCGCUUCGCCAUGAUGAGUCUUCUUAUUCUUACUCUAUGCAUCCUUUCUGCGGCUGCUGACGACGGGGAGGCGAUAGUCUCCAGAUUCCAGGAGUAUCUACGAAUCGACACGGUUCACCCAAAACCCGAUUACUACAAAGCCGUUGACUUUUUAAACUCUCAGGCGAAGUCGCUGUCACUCGAAUCUCAGACGAACGAGUUCGUAAAGGGAAAGCCGCAUCUUCUCCUCAAAUGGGUAGGCUCUGACCCAACCCUGCCUGCCAUUCUCCUCAACUCCCACACCGAUGUGGUUCCCUUCGAGGAAUCCAAGUGGACACACCACCCGCUCCACGCUCACAUGGACAACCAAGGAGACAUUUAUGCCAGAGGCUCGCAGGACAUGAAGUGCGUUGGGAUGCAGUACCUCGAGGCCAUACGCAAGCUCCAGGCUUCUGGCUUCCACCCACUCCGAUCCGUCUAUCUCUCCUUCGUCCCCGAUGAAGAGCUCGGCGGCCACGAUGGAGCCGAGAAGUUCGCUGAAUCCCACCUCUUCAAGAGCUUGAAGAUCGGAAUCGUGCUCGACGAAGGUCUGCCAUCGCCUAGUAAGAGUUACAGAGUAUUCUAUGGAGAGAGGAGUCCCUGGUGGCUUGUGAUUAAGGCUAAAGGACCCCCUGGCCACGGUGCCAAGCUCUAUGACCACUCUGCUAUUGAGAAUCUCCUCAAAAGCAUUGAGAGUAUUCGUCGAUUCAGAGCUUCCCAAUUCGAUCUGCUCAAAGCUGGUGGCACUGCUGAAGGCGACGUCGUCUCCGUUAACAUGGCCUUCCUCAAGGCUGGCACUCCCUCCCCUACUGGUUUCGUGAUGAAUCUACAACCAUCUGAAGCAGAAGCUGGUUUCGACAUUCGUAUCCCACCCAAUGUUGACUCUGAAGCUCUUGAAAGACGUUUGGUGGAGGAAUGGGCACCCGCUGCACGCAACAUGUCUUUUGAGUUCAAGCGGAAGCAUUCGGGGGAUCCGCUCCUUACAGCAGCAGAUGAUUCAAAUCUGUGGUGGAGGCUCUUUGGAAAUGCUGUCAAGGAAGCCGGAGGUAGGACUAGUAAGCCUGAGGUUUUCCCUGCAUCAACAGAUGCUCGCUACUUCCGGAUGGCUGGCGUUCCCGCGUUUGGGUUCUCUCCCAUUUCAAACACCCCCAGUUUGCUUCAUGACCACAACGAGUAUUUGGGUAAAGCUGAGUACUUGAAGGGCAUCGACGUGUAUGUUUCAAUAAUCAAAGCUUACGCAUCAUAUGAAAGCAAGAGUGGUUCACGAGAUGAGUUAUAAGGUUCUUCCUUUAUUGUUGCAUCACACAACAUUUCAGUUUCUGUAACAAACGUGUACAAUCAGUCAAUAAGAUCUGAACCCAUGAAUCAAACAAUGGGAAGAGAGACUGCAUGUAUAGUCAUCAUCAGUACAGUAAUCUUCUUUUAUAGGAUGUGUGCAUAUAAAGUCCAAUUACAAUGAUCUCAUAUGUCAUGAUGUUGGUUCAGUUUAUCUGUUAAUACACAUAAUCAGCAGUA